AUGACGGAGAUUGGCGAAACAUGGCCGGUCAACGAGAUCAUCUUCACAGCCAUCGUGGGAGUGGUGAUGGUGGCAGCAUUUCUCGAGUGGUUCCUGUGGCUGGCUGCGUUCUUGUAUUGCCUAUGGAAGGUCUUUAUCAAAGCUGAGCAUUGGACGGUCAACGUCUUGGCAGUGGUCAUCGCUGUCGCGUUCACGUUGUUGAGGUUCAUCUUCCUGCCGAUCAUGAUCGUGACCUUGCCCCUGCCGAGCCAGAUCGUCAAGCUGUGGCCGCCGACAAUGGUCAGCUUCCUCCAGUGGUUUGCCUUCUGGAGCUUCGCCGGCCUCCUCACCGUGCCGUGGCUGUUCUGCAUCUACCAGAUCGUCACGCACCAGCUGGGGAGGACCAAGAGGAUCAAGCAGGUGCUGGACGAGGUGUCGGCGCCCAAGGUCGUCAUCGUCAUGCCCUGCUACAAGGAGGAGCCCGAGGUGCUCAUCACGGCCGUCAACUCCGUCGUCGACUGCGACUACCCGCCUUCCUGCAUCCACGUGUUCCUCUCGUUCGACGGCGACCAGGAAGACGAGCUCUACCUCAACACCAUCGAGAAGCUCGGCGUGCCGCUCACCCUCGAGUCGUACCCCAAGAGCAUCGACAUCUCCUACAAAGCUGCGCGGAUCACCGUCUCCCGUUUCCCCCACGGCGGCAAGCGCAACUGUCAAAAGUCUACAUUCAAGCUCAUCGACAAGGUCUACCAGCAGUACCUCAAGAGGAACGACAACCUGUUCAUACUGUUCAUCGACUCGGACUGCAUCCUGGACCGUGUCUGCCUCCAAAACUUUGUCUACGACAUGGAGCUCAGCCCCGGCAACAGGCGGGACAUGCUGGCGAUGACGGGGGUCAUCACGUCGACGACGAAGAAGCACAGCCUCAUCACGCUGCUGCAGGACAUGGAGUACAUCCACGGGCAGCUGUUCGAGCGGACGGUGGAAUCGGGGUGCGGCUCCGUCACCUGCCUCCCCGGGGCGUUGACGAUGCUGCGCUUCUCGGCGUUCAGGCGGAUGGCCAAGUACUACUUCGCCGACAAGGCGGAGCAGUGCGAGGACCUGUUCGACUUUGCCAAGUCGCACCUCGGGGAGGACAGGUGGCUGACGCACCUGUUCAUGAUCGGGGCCAAGAAGCGGUACCAGAUCCAGAUGUGCACGUCGGCGUUUUGCAAGACGGAGGCGGUGCAGACGAUGCGGUCGCUGAUCAAGCAGCGGCGCCGGUGGUUCCUGGGCUUCAUCACCAACGAGGUGUGCAUGCUGACGGACUGGCGGCUCUGGAAGCGGUACCCGAUCCUGGUGCUGGUGCGCUUCAUGCAGAACACCAUCCGGACGACGGCGCUGCUCUUCUUCGUCAUGGUGCUCGCGCUCAUCACGACGACCAAGAAGGUGGCGGACCUGCCCGUCGGGUUCAUCGCCGUGUCGCUGGGCCUCAACUGGCUCAUGAUGUUCUACUUUGGCGCCAAGCUCAAGAGGUUCAAGUCGUGGCUGUACCCGAUCAUGUUCAUCAUCAACCCCUUCUUCAACUGGUACUACAUGGUCUACGGCAUCUUCACGGCGGGCCAGAGGACGUGGGGAGGGCCCAGGGCGGACGCGGCUGCUGCCAGCGGAGACACCACGGCGCAGGAGGCCAUUGAGGAGGCUGAGAAGGCCGGCGAUGACCUGAAUAUCGUCCCCGAGUCCUUCAUCCCCGCGGCCGAGAUACAGCGGCGCAAGAGCGGCAAGGGCGGCGGCGCCGGGGUCAGCCGCGCAAAGAGCGUCCUGCAGCCUCCGGACAAGGUGGACGGCCUGUUCGCGGCUCCCGAGAGGAGCGCGUCGGGCUGGUACCAGCACCCCGACGCGUCCAUGAUCAGCCUCGGCGUCCUGCAGCAGGGGGGCGGCUCGUCGUCGCAGCACUACUACGACGGCGGCGGCGGCGGCGGCGGGAAGCGCGUGCCGCUGCACCCGCGCGAGUCCUUCGAGAGCUUCGUCUCGGCGGGCGGCUCGGUGUACAUGCCGCGGCGGGUGGAGAGCCUCAUGAGCGACGAGGACCGGCGCAAGUACGAGAUGGCGCAGGCGAGCCAGCUCAACUUCUCCGCCGCCGCGAGGCAGCAGCAGCAGCAGCAGCAGCAGCUGGUGCUGCAGGGCCCGCCGACGGGCCAGGUCUACGAGUACCACUCGGACGCGGAGCUGCAGCGGGCGGGCUUCACGGACGCGGUCGAGGCGACGCCGGCCGUGUCCGCUACCGCCGCCGCCGCCGCGGCGGGCUACGCGGAGCAUCACCACCAGCAGCAGCACCGGAGACUGCCGAGUGAAGGGAGCGUGCCGUCGAGGUCGUCGUCCGGGGCGGGAGCGGUGGUAGUGUCUCCCGGAGAGGGGCGGCGGGGAGGUAUGCGGCAGCAGCAGCAGCCGACCGUGCCCGGUAACGCGCGGAGUAGUCGCAGCGGGCGCAGCCCACUUGGGCGGGCGAGUUUCAUCCGGACGUCGACGAUGGACGAGGUCGAGCAGGAGAUUCAGGGGUCACACGCUGGUCCGUCGGAGAGGAGAUCCGCAACGCCGCCGCCGCCGCCGUCCAGGAGAGGGGCUGAGAGGCGCAAGGGAGGCAAACAGGAAUGA